CGCGUAAAAGUAAAACUAUAUCGAUAAGGCGGAGUCUUCCCAGAGAGAUAACUACUUACGUGGACCGCGACUUGUUUGCCGCGGUCGUACAGUUUGUUACCAUCGGUUCCCAUGGACGUCCUCAAUUUUUUCUUGGAGGAGAAUAGCGAUAAUAUUGAAGCCAUAAGCAUAAACUUUCUUAAUAGUUAGCCGGCAUGUCCAAGCUUCUGCACGGAGCGGGGGAGGUCUGCGCCCCUGACACCGACGCCAAGGCCGCGCAACAUGUGGUGCCCCACAUACGCCUCUAAUCGCCUGGGUGUAGGUGCGGACUUAAUUCGUUCACUCCGUGUACUGCAAGCCUCGUCUUCCUCGCCCCUUCGCACGAUAAGUGGGUUGCAGCAGGAUGGCGAGCGUAUCCCUAGCGUCGCUGCUUCCGGUCCUCCUGCUCUUUCUAUUGAGCGGGGCGGGGAAUACACUCAUAGCAUCAUGGAUGGACAGCAUACGAAUUGACGGCAACAAAUUCGACCAUCCGUUUGUGCAGUGCUGGGUCAUGUUUUUGGGUGAAGCGAGCUGUCUGGCGGUGUUUACACUAAAACAUUUGAUCACAAAAUCGAGGAGAACUGGCGUCACGAUCAGUCCAUGGCGACGAGAAACCCUCCUGUUUGCGAUACCAUGUAAGCUUGCUGAAGUUUUCUUCUACAUGACUACAUACAAUUUUUUUCUUGUCUGCCUUGCCAUCUUUUGUUGGUUGCGCUCCGGUCGUGCCGGCACCGAUUUGGAAGAUAAAAAUUCAUUCUGCAGGUUGUUUCGACUGGGCGAGCAGUACCAUGGUAUACAUUUCCUACACUUACCUGCCCGCUUCCGUCGUGCAAAUGCUCCGGGGCAGCUUGAUCAUCUUCGUGUGUCUGAUCUCGGUUUUCGUUUUGAAAAACAAGCUUUACGCCCACCACUUCGUCGGCGUCGGGAGUGUCUUAGUGGGUAUUUUCCUGGUAGCGCUGUCCAGUAUCCUGCAGGGCGGAAGCUCCACGACCGGGAAAGGCAAAAACCCACUAGUCGGCGUCUGCAUCUGCAUCACGGCACAAAUGUUCGCGAGUGGGAUCAUGACCAGUGAGGAAUUUAUCUUCAAGCGAAUCAAAAACAUCGAGCCGCUGCAAGCUGUGGGAAUAGAGGGGGGAUGCGGUACAGCUCCUAUUUUAUUUGUGGCGGGUUAUUUCUUCACUUAUUCAUUCUAGAACCUCCCACCUCCUGCUGCGUAUCCUAUGGACCCCCAUAAAUGAAUCGCGAAAACAAAAAAGAACCUUUUCAGGGAUCACCUUUGGCGUCGUAAUUUUAACCGUCGCACAAUUGCUCCGCGUGGAUAAUGUGAAAGACGCGAUAUACGACAUUACGCACUCAAAGCAGGCAGCCUCCGCUUGCGUCUUGCUCGCCUGCUCCAUCGCGGUCUUCAACGUUUGCGGGCAGAAAAUCACGAAAAACAUUUCGGCCAUGGCCCGCUCGGCCCUGGAUUCGAGUCGAACGAUUCUCGUUUGGGGCGCCGAACUUGCGUUCGGGUGGCGCGUGUUCGCGUACGAUACGCUGCCCUUCUGGGUCCAGCCCUUCGGAUUCGUGUUCAUCGUGUUGGGCCAGAUGCUGUACUUCAACACCAUAAAAAUCCGGUCUCUGAUGGGACCGGAAGAAAUCGCGGAGAUGGAGCAGAAGGCGGCGCUUGAAAAGGCCGAACAGACCACAAUCUCGACGACCGCAGACUCUACGGGCAGCUAUAACCUAGACUCGCUCGACCUAGAAAUGGAUAAUCCAGUCGCGCCGUCGCGGGACGCCCGCAGGGUGCCACUCGUGGUAUCAAGACCGGCGCAAGUAGCUGCUGUGCAAUAGCUCCGUAUAAUUGCAGUUGCGUGGCGGUACCUAGCAGCACGUAUUACUAUCCAGUGCGAAGCUGAGGCGCCGGCGAGAACAUUGACGGAAUUGAUUUCUCAGUGGGACCGCGACGCUUCGGCUGCAAUUUGAUUUUUUGAAUGCAGAGCUGCAGCUUGAAUUUACAGUGCCGGCACGAAUGCUUCACAGCUUUCUGAGCAGACAUUCGCAUGACUAAGCUUUGACCUGCUCGCAGAUCCGCACAUGCGCAUUCCUGAUGUAGUGUAAAAAAGAAUAGUAAGCUAAAAAAGCCUGCCACUGUAAGCGCAUGAAAGCGCACACUUUUGAUUGCUCAGUUGCUGUUGAUGUGACAUUAAAGAAAAAAGUUGCUGCAAGAGUGAUACAUACUACGACAUCCGUGCUCCUUUCUGCAAAGUAUUUUUUGUGUUUUUGUGCACCAGGAACGGUCUACAGAAUUGCAAAUUUUGAAUCAGUAAUGGUCUUGAUGUGGAGUGUCACGACGGACACGGCUCACUCGGUCACAGAUUUGAAUACUCUUGUUGAGUGAAAGGCUCCACACGACAAGACUCAAGGAUUGCGCAAAGACAAGAGCAC